CUCAUACUCCGGAUCGCCAACAACACAUACUUGAAACUCAUGAACAAGGAACUCCCGUGAAAGCAGCUGGGCGGCCAUUGGUGGAAAAGUGUACGGACAAGCUAAAUUGUCAUCUUCAACCUAGCUCGUAGCGUGUGUGCAAAAUGAGUUAAAUUCGUCGUAAUCUUUAGUUUGGCUAGAUGAUUCACUUUAAAGAUCUGUAUUUAGUAUUUGAAUAUCUGUUCAUGCGUUUCACUGAAUUUCCAGCAUGGGCGAUGGCAGUGUCAUACCCAAGUUCGGUAGUAUGAAGGCUUUGCUUGGGAUAGUCGCCGGGGCUGGAGCCUCCUACGGGAUUUAUAAACUUCUCAGUGUAACUAGCUACAAGGAAAAUAAAAAAAGUGCCUACAGCGAAAACCAUGGCCCCAAGAAUAACUCACCCGGUGGUAUAGUUCUGCAGCCAGGGAGCUUGUUAGCUAAGGUGUCCGGGUUGGAUGUGGUUCGUGGAGGCGAAAGUCAGGCCGUGGAUGUUGCAUCAAGUGACAUCAUCUCUAGAUCACCUGGGAGCCUGGAGCCACAACACCUGAAGAUGCUCCUGUCACUUCUUCAGGGCAGCCCCAACCCCUCUGACAGAGCCCAGAUCCUCAUCACUUUAGGAAAUACUGCUGCCUUCACUGUAAACCAGGAUCUCAUCCGUGAGUUUGGGGGCCUUCACGUCAUAGCUGGCUUCCUGUCAGAUCCUGUGCCAGAAGUCAGAGUGCAGACUCUAAAUGCCUUGAAUAACCUGAGCAUGAACCUUAGGAAUCAAGAGCAACUGAAGGUGUACGUGGCCCACGUGCUGGAACUAAUCGAGAUGUCUCCGGUGAACUCUGACCUCCAGAUGGCUGCCCUCCGGCUGCUGACCAACCUGUCUGUCACAGAUGACCACCACCAGCUACUCAGGGGGUCCAUCACCCUCCUCCUUUCUCUGCUCGUUGUUAGCAAUCAAGUGUUACAGAUCCAAGUUUUAAAAGUGCUUGUGAAUUUAUCCUCCAAUCCUGAUAUGAUGGAUGACAUAGUGCAAGCUCAGGCUCCAGCCGCUGUGGUGCUGCUGUUUGACGUGCGGACCAGCUCGGCGGUUCUCCUGCGGCUGCUGAUGUUUGCAGGGAACUUGAAGGCCUGGAGGCCUUCUGCCCAGGUGGCGGAGGCCCUGAGGAGGAGACAGGAUGGCCUGUACCGGGUCCUGCUGGAUGAGUCCUCCCAGCUCCAAAGUAAACUGAUCCAGCUGCUCUCUCACCCCGACGGCGAGGUCCGAGCCCAGGUGGCCCGUGUCCUCUUGUAGACCCCCAUACCGAACCUCAAAUCCCAACACAACCUCUCUUACCUACAUUAUUAAUUUAACCUCCAACUCCAACUUGAUUUUUUCCAACCGUGACUCCUUUAACCUCCAGCUCCUCCAAUCUUCCUAAUCCCCAGUCCUCCUUAAUCAUGCCACCAAACAUACAUCCUAUUUUCAAACCUCCAACCUCUUACCUUCACAACCAGACUUAAUCAAUCUGCCCAGGCCUGCCCGUGCCUUCAAACACCACCCUGCCCUUCACCCCUUCUGCCAAUUUCCACCCAAUCUGUGUCCUACUUCUCUACUCCAAACCUCAACCAAACCAUCAUAAACCUUCACUUCAGUAAAGUCCCCUACAGCCAUUGGAAAUCUAUCUAUCUACCGAUCAGUGAUCAUAAAGGAAGGAAGGAGGUGAGGUGGAAAGGAAGCCAUUUAAUAGUAUUGAGACUUGGGCCACCUCUCCCUCCCCUCCCACUCCUCCUUCACUUAGACUGUAAUUUUAGGCUCUAUUUAAAGAGGCAGUGCUCCACUUCCACUGUGUCUUUCUCUCUCCUGAGAACAUGUUGUCCACUUUCUCCUGUUCUAGGCGAAGCCCCUUAACUGAAACCCACUGCCAAAACCUUUCAAGCAAGGAGAAUGUGUCAGUAAUAUGCCCUCCAACACCUCACCCAACUAACUGCCCCUGCGUGGUGUGCUGUGCAUAUGUAAUGGAAUUGGUUUGGUGAACCACACUUGCAUGAUGCGUAAACUUACCUGAGAGCUGAAGACUUGCAAUUGCUCCCUGACCUAAUACCUAGGCUUUAACAGAGUUGGCUAACACAUCUUGUGGAGGAGACAAUCUGGAGAGGCUGGCCAAUCGUUACUGUACUUUGAAGUUACUUGAUGCACACAAUUUGAAUGCCUUGUUGACACCAGUACAGGGAUACACAGCUCCAGUCUUCGACUGUCAAGUCUUGCCCUCUUAAACUAUCAAUCAGUAACUGAUUUACACCUGGGAAUCAAAGGUCAAGUUAGGUAUAUCUGAAAUGUGUGCACUAGCAGCUUAACGCUUUCAAGCGGAAGGAGUACUCCCUGCAGACUGCUUAAAUAAAUUAUAGGCUGAAACAUUCCGUGACUUGAAUUGUUUGUUUAAAGCACUGAGAUAAGAAAGACGACAACCAGCUCGUCUCAGGCUUCGUAUAAAAUCAUACAGCUGUUGAAUGAGACUGAGCCAGGUCAGACCUGAGAGGACUGGAGUUAUGGACCCCUGGUGCUGGUGUGUCACACACCGUAGACCGUUUACAGAGGAGCGAGGGAGACUACUGUCACUGAUCUCUUGUUUGUAUGACUCAAUAAAUGUCAAUGGGGUUUUCCCUGAUCCAACAACAUUCACAUCAUCCAAAUGGGAUUUUUUAGCAUUGAUCUCAUAAGACAUGAGCUGAGGCUGAGGCCUGCACACCCAGAAUUUCUCUGGGACUGGAGUUAGACCUCUCUGGUCUGUACAAAUAAUGCAAAAUUCUGAUGUCGAGAGACUCUGUGUCAGACCCAAAACUAUCUCUUCUCCCAGGCUUUUGUGUUUUAGAGCAGAGAUGGGAAGAUGGAUGUGUAUUUUUAAUCAGUACCAACGGUAGCAUCCCCUUGUGUAAAGCUUAUCUGCUACAGUUAUUCAGGAAAUAUUUAUUUUGGAUUAUUCAAUUGUUUCUUGUUUCAACCCAGUUUUGGCCUUCUUAAUGUAUAGAUUUGUUUUGUUUGUUUUACAUUUGUGAGUAAAUAUGUUUUAUUUAAAGGUGA